AUGGCACCUGUCCCGAAUAGUCGACUCGUAUUCCGCGAGCUCCCUUCCGGGCUUCCAGAUCCCAGUUCGGUUUUCGAACUCGAUGCUACGCCGACCAUCGAUGUCAACGCGGUUGAGCUCGACGGCGGCUUUCUUGUGAGGAUACUGUCUCUCAGCUUGGAUCCGUAUAUGCGAAACCGCAUGCGCCCGGCCGAUACGGAAGGCGAUAUGCCCGCUUUGCCCCUUGGACAGGUAGUCACCGGUUUCGGAGUCGCGCAAGUCGUACGCUCUGAGCAUCCCAGCUUCCCCGCGGGAUGCCACGUCGGCGGAUUCAUGCCCUACCAAGAGUAUGCCAUCUUCAGAGACUCGAAGGAAGGCGCAGACGAGUCUGCUGCCAUGCCAGCUCUCGGGAUAACGCGCCUGGAGAAUCGGUACAACCUCCCGUGGCGUUAUUUCGUCGGGGCCCUUGGCAUGACGGGACAAACGGCGUACUAUGCAUUCAAGGAUGUCUCGAACCCAAGACCGGGAGAGACGAUCUUGAUAUCUGCUGCUGCAGGCGCAGUCGGGCUGCUUGCGGUGCAGUACGCUCUAUCGCUAGGGCUUCGCGUCAUAGCGACCUGCGGAAGUGACGAUAAAGUUGCAAUUCUGCGUGGUCUAGGGGUGAAACAUGUUCUGAAUCGCCAUACUGAUGAUAUCGCCGCCGAACUGAAGAGGCUGGGACCAAUCGACAUCUUCCUUGACCUUGUAGGAGGGCCGUUGCUCGAAGCGGCUAUCUACAAUGCGGCCAUGAAUGCGCGCUUCCUUAUUUGUGGGUCGAUAACCACGUACAACGCACCGAUGUCCGAAGCGUUUGGGGUCCGGAAUCUGUGGCUAGUCAAUCGCUAUCGAAUCACCAUCCGCGCCCUUGUCGUAAUCGACUGGCACGAUAUGUACCUGGCCGAAUUUUACAGCGUUGUGCCGAAGAAGAUCGCAGACGGUGAAAUCAAGGUCAUCGAACACAUUUGCGACAACUUCGAGCAUGCUGGACAAGCUUUCGUGAAUAUGCUCACGGGGAAAUCCAUAGGGAAAUCCGUCAUCGUUCUUCGGGAUGAGUAG